AUGACAAUCGGGAACCAGCCUCUCGGCAGCUCCUCGAACAGCACCCCCCAGAACCGCCCGCGCGUCGCUCAACCUCCUCUGCACCGCGCCACCCAGCCCAGGCAGUCGGCGAGCGGUGCCGUCACCCACCGCCGCCCCGAGCCGCCGGCGGGUACUGCCGAGCCCAUGCCCCUCCGCGACAUGGUCGCCCAGGCGCGCACGCGUGCCACCCCGCAGCUCAACGGCCCGGCCAGGUUCGCCCCCAAGCCCGCUGGCAGCAGCUCGCAGCCCACGCGGCGUGUCACUGCCAGUGCCGCCGCCAGAGUCGCCACCAGCAGCCUCCACACGCCGGCCAGCGUCCACCCCACUGACGCCGGCACCCACCCCAAGCCCCCCAAGACCCACCACACGCCACUCGCCGUCUUCAAGUUCAAGGGCUCGUCCGUGACCUUUGUCGCGUCCAAGACCCAGCCUGGCACCCCCGUCGCCAGUGGCUCCGGUGCGCACACGGGCGAGUCUCCCACUCGCGCCGGUGCGAGGGCCCAACGUGCCGCCGGGUCGUCCAACUCCAGCGUGCCUGCCCCGCACAACACUCCCGCGCACGACGACAGCGAGGCCGAGAGCGGCGUCGACGACAACGAGCAUACCGUCGCGAAAGGCAAGCGCAAGACCACGCCGGGAUACCUCAACAUGGCCAACCGCAUCAACAACGGCCGCCCGAGGAACGUCGCCGAGCUCUUCGCGGAGUACUCGAAGCCCGAGAGCAGCCGCGAGCUCGAGGACUGGGUCGCGAACUACCCGUUUGGCCCGUUCGACUGCGAGAAGGCGCUUGCGCUCGUCUUCCCCCACCCGUACCUCCAGGCCAUAGUGGAGGACAAGUUCCCCGUGACGCCCAUCCACCGCGGGUGGGGCCCGCACCUGCCUCGCCUGCGCGAGGUCGGCCUCCUCCUCCUCAAGAGCAGCAGCGAGUCCACGCUCGUCGCGUCGGCUCGCCGGCUCCGCACCGCCGUGACUCACCUGGCGGACCGGCCCGUCGCCUGCAAGGUUGCUUGCGCGCCAUGCGUGCGCCACAAGAUCCCGUGCAACGAGGUCGUCGGCCGUGUCGCGUGCUUCGACUGCGCGACGCGUGGCGGCAAUAGGUCGGCUUCGUGCGGGAACCACAAGGCGGGCAAGACCGCGGCCACUGCCAUCCACGUCGGCGACGAAGACGACAUUGAGGGGGGUGAUGCCCGUGAGGCUGAUGCCGCGUCUGGUACGCUCGAGGCUGCCGAGGUCGCUGCGCCCAUGGUCACCGCGCCGGUGGUCGCCAAACCCAAAGUCGCGGCGCCGAAGGCCACUGCCGCGAAGGUCGCCACGCCCAAGGUUCCUGCUCCCAUUGUCGCGCGCCCGCCGGCCAUAGCACCGACUGUCGCCACUGCCCCGACUGUCGCCACGCCGGUUAUCGUCGCCCCGGCAGUUGCCACGCCAAUCGACAAGGACGACGACGACACCAUCAACAUGCUCACCACGGCCCGCUGGCACAUUGUCACCGAGGAGAAGGACGAGAGUCGCAAGGAACUCGCCGACUUCGUGUUCCGAUGGAUCCUCGAGAAUAAGGGCGCGCAGGUCACAGUCGAGGAGCUCGACGGCAUGAUCGAGGACCAGAGUCGCCCCCGCCGUCGCCCCGGCCGCCCUCCCCAGCCCAGGUUCUCGGCUGUCACCGACCUCCAGAGGGGCGUGCAGAAGAGGUCGGACGCGUACUACCAGAAGCAGAAGGACGAGGUUGCCGCGUGCCGCAAGACGCGCUCGCAGACGGCGCUGGCCCUCGGCACCGUGCCCAAGAUCGAGGACGUCGAGGCCGACAGCGACGACGACCGUCCUGGGCCCAGCACCCGCUCGGCGAAGAAGAAGGCCCGUCUCAGCUGA